AUGGUCGGACCGAGUACCGGUACCAGUACGAGCCCUGGAGAGGCCGCCAAGCAAGACAACCGAACAGGGACCCCUGCCAUCGUCAAGAUUCCUUCCUACUCGCACAACGACAGGAGGCCCGCCAACAUCCCGCUCCAUACCCUAUCGUCCUCAGCACGGCCGCGAGACCACGAUUCGGCUUAUCUCCUCCACGACGACCACGAUAAGGACAGCCCGCGGUCCUCCUUCGACACUCCUUCCUCCGACUCGGACCUGUCUGUCUGGAGUGAUACAGGCGAUUUGGUCGACCAGCUAGCCGAGCGAGAAGACCCUCUCCGCAUCCGCCUCCGGGAGUCACUCGAGGGCAGUCGUCCGCUGAGACAUCCAAAACACCAGAAGCGCGCUCGCUUCCAGUCCCAGGACGGCCUUGACGAGAAACAGUCGACGGGGAUUCGCCUAGAGGAUAUUGAAAUACCUGACCCAGGGCCGCAGACCAUCUCAAAGGCGCAUCAGAUACUCGCUGCCAUCAUGGCGCCCAACGACAGGCCCUCCCGUAUCCACGGGCUACACGGGAAGAAGCUAAUCUACUUUACUAGCAUAUUCGUCUCGUUGGGCGUGUUCCUAUUUGGUUACGACCAGGGAGUCAUGUCCGGAAUUAUAACUGGAAUCUAUUUCAAGGACUACUUCAACCAGCCCUCAGCUACCGAGCUGGGUACAAUGGUGGCCAUCCUGGAAAUUGGUGCUUUCAUCUCUUCCUUGGUCGUAGGCCGCAUAGGCGAUGUUUUGGGCAGACGCAAGACCAUCUUGUACGGCUCCCUGAUCUUUGUCGUCGGUGGUGCCCUUCAAACUUUCGCGAACGGGAUGCCACUGAUGAUGCUGGGGAGAAUCAUCGCUGGUCUUGGUGUCGGGACACUCUCGACCAUUGUGCCCGUCUACCAAUCCGAAAUCUCACCGCCCCACAACCGAGGCAGGAUGGGCUGCAUUGAAUUUACGGGAAAUAUCACAGGCUAUGCUGCCAGUGUCUGGGUCGACUACUUUUGCAGUUACAUCAAGAAUGACUGGGCCUGGCGAGUUCCCCUGUUCAUGCAGUGCAUCAUGGGACUUCUCCUUGCGGGUGGCAGCUUGCUCAUCUGCGAGUCCCCUAGAUGGCUGUUGGACAAUGACCAUGACGAAGAAGGCAUUGUCGUCAUUGCCAAUCUGUUCGGAAAGGGCGAUAUCCACAAUCCCAAAGCACGAGAUGAAUACCGAGAAAUCAAGAUGAACGUGCUUCUCCAACGCCAAGAAGGUGAACGCUCGUAUUCCGACAUGUUCAAGCGGUACCGUAAGCGUGUGUUUAUUGCCAUGUCCGCCCAAGCCCUCGCGCAACUCAAUGGCAUCAACGUCAUCUCGUACUAUGCCCCCCUUGUCUUUGAAGAAGCUGGCUGGGUGGGUCGCCAGGCUAUCCUCAUGACUGGAAUCAAUGCCAUUACCUACCUCCUGUCUACGAUUCCGCCUUGGUACAUCAUAGACACUCUGGGCCGAAGAAAGAUCCUUCUCUCUGGAGCCCUGAUGAUGGUCAUCUCGCUCUCCGCCAUUUCGUACUUUAUUUUUCUACAAGCGAGCUGGACCCCUAAUGGGGUUGUCAUAUUCGUCAUGAUUUACAAUGCCGCGUUUGGAUAUUCAUGGGGCCCCAUCCCAUGGCUGUAUCCACCAGAGAUUCUUCCACUGAGUAUCCGCGCAAAGGGUGCCAGUUUGAGUACCGCGACCAACUGGGCGUUCAAUUGGCUGGUGGGAGAAAUGACGCCCAUAUUGCAGGAACGCAUUCAGUGGCGCCUCUACCUGAUACACGCCUUUUUUUGCGCAGUCAGUUUUGUUAUCGUAUACUUCAUAUAUCCCGAGACCGCAAACGUCCGCCUAGAAGACAUGAACUCAUUAUUCGGAGACGCCACCUCAGUCAUGCCCACUCCCCAAACCCUUGCGGAAGUGGAGUCGCUCUUCAGCGGAGGUCACGGCUCCCCUGUGCCAUCGCUGGACAUCCGAGGCGGACGGCGUGCACAGGAUGAUGCUAUUCCUGGACUCAAUAUCGACCCGCCUGAUAUUGAGAGUGGCAAGAGUCUCUCCAAAGCUGAAGCUGAGGGCAGUGAAGGCAUCGGUGGCUGGAUCAGUAACAUGGUCAAAAGGACGAAGGGUAAUGGAGAAGGCGACAGCUCGAGUGGAAAAUACAAGCGCGUCGGGCAGGAUGAGGACUGAUCAUACAAGGCAAACAUGUGAAGGAUUGUCAAUUGUUAAGAUUUUUGCAUCGACGCCCUUGAACAGCAUUGGCGGUAGCAUGCGUCGAUAUCCACGAGCAAUGCGCUCGGCUUGGAGAAUCUGUGGGCUAAUAGAGGGUGCAUAGCAUUUCUAGGCGCGUUGAGUGUGUGUUUUGACUGGGACCGAUGGAUAAAUAUCGGCUUGAUUCUUAGAGCAACUGUAGACGAGAAUAUAAGCUCUUCGGCUGCACUACUAUUUCGUCUGUCUGCUAAUAUAGCGCCCUGGUCCGGUG